CCGUUCGGGGCCAUACCGGCCACGAUAUGUGCACCUCCGACUUCUGUCAGCAAUCCACCAUUAGCUUCACCUCGGUGGCGCAACUCCAUUUGUGCUCUGUCCCUGGGCACUGCCUGCCUACCGAAGGCAUGUUCUCUCAAGCGUUACUGAGCAGCGCCCUCAACCGCUCGGGUCUGGGCUCCGAAACAUUCGUGCCGACCGCCUAGACUUUAGAUGGAAAGUCGCUCGUCGAGAAGGAGCAGCCUUUCAUGGCCAUUUCGCACGUCUGGUCCGACGGAACCGGGAAAGGGGCCUGAAAACCGGCCAAGUGAACCAGUGCCUGUGGCGACACUUUUGUGAGAUGGCGCGGGAACUGGGAUGCGAAGGGAUCUGGUGGGAUACCGUCUGCCUCCCUGAAGAUAAGCGUGCACGCAUCGAGGCUAUCAAUCGAAUGCAGGAUAAUUACACGCACGCCACGGCCACGCUUGUCCAUGACCGCUACUUAAGCUGCCUCCGGUGGACGGACGCUGCCUCAGCUUGUUUCGCCGUUGCCAUGUCGACGUGGCUCACAAGAGGCUGGACCGCGUUGGAAUUGCAACAGUCUCCAAAGGAUGGGGUGUACGUGCAAUUCGAGGACGAUGACGGUAAUCCGGUGCUCAAGAAUCUUGAGGGCGACAUCCUGUUACGGCUAGGACAACCGUCCCAUCGCCAUCACCAGAUAGCGAGCGCUCUGAUCCGCAAGCUGCGAGCACCAACGCGGGACAUGGCGAUCAUUUCGGGGCUCUUUGUGGGCGUCAAGAACCCAGCAUCCAUGACCCAGGAGGAAAUCUACCAAGAAGUCCUGCGUACGAUUCAAGGCCGGGCCCGGCACGGAACCGUGUCGGUCAGCAAUCUCUUCCACGGCACGACAACCAUGAUCAAGGGCGGAUUCGGCUGGUGUCCACCAGAUCUUUUCCGCAUGCCAGUAGGAGACGGGCACAGCGAGCUUCAUGUCCAGGAUAACGGAGACCUCCUCGGAAGGUGGCAGAUGCGGUGCCUCCUACGCCACGCGCGAUGUGUGCGCGUCCCGGAAGGGACGCAUCCCCUGAUCCGCUCCAAGCUAUACGUAGCCAUGUCGGAGCCGCGGAGACACGUUCUGCUGCUCGAAGGGUUGGCGCAGCUGGAGCGCGCGCUCGUCGUGCGAGUGCGUACCACGCGCGCCGAAAUCGCCGCCGGAACCUACGCCAAGGACGAAGCACUCCAGUGCGAAUACGUGGGUAUCGUGCACUACGAACCUUCCGCGAUAACCGAGCCCGAGUAUCACCUUUCGGUGUUUUGUCGCAUCGCCGACCCCAAAGACCUGCCCGACCUCCCGCCCACGAACAUGGCUUGCGUUGUGGGCACGUUCAAGGGCGCAGGUGGCGGCCCGAAAGGCACCGGGCCGCUAGGCUGCGUCUGCUGGCAAGCUAACAUUUAUCGCUUCACUCCGGGCGUAUAG